CUGACAACACCGAGUACUAAAUUUUACACUAGUGCAUUCCACUUUUUCAGCGUUGGCCAGAGACAGUUGCUAUGCCUGGCUCGUGCAGUGUUACGGAAAAGCAAAAUUUUGAUUUUGGACGAGGCAGCAGCAUCGGUGGAUAUGGAAACUGACGCACUGAUUCAAAAAACGAUCCGAGAGCAUUUCUCCAGUUGUACAGUCCUAACAAUUGCUCAUCGCUUGCAGACCGUCAUGGAUAGUGACAAGUGA